AUGUGGGCGCGGCGUGCGACAGGCGGAACGGUCGCCCUGGCGCGCCGGGCGCUGCUGCGGUCAGCGGAGACGACGGGGGCUGGCGUGGCACGGCUAUCUAAAUAUGUCAGCGAGCGAUCAUCUGGGUUUGGAGACACCGUGUGGACGGAGUUUACGCCUUUGGCCCUGAAACACAAGGCUGUCAAUCUAUCACAAGGCCUGCCCUCCAUUCCCGUAGAGGAUUUCAUCAUCGAUGCUCUCCGUCAGCAAGCACAGCCGGGCUGGCAACACCAAUACUCGCGAGCUAGUGGCUUUCCGCGGCUGGUAGAAGUUAUUGCUGAUUACUAUAGUCCGGAAUACCAGCGCACGCUUCAGCCCCUGACAGACGUGUGCAUCACCUCUGGCGCCACGCAAGGCCUGUUUCUCUUCUUCCAAACCUUUGUCAACCCGGGCGACGAGGUCGUCAUCAUCGAGCCCUUCUAUGACAGCUAUGUGCCGCAGGUGGAAAUGGCAGGCGGUGUGGUCAAAUCGGUGACCCUACGUCCCCCAAAGGCCGACCUUGGCCGUCCUGCAACGUCGGCUGAUUGGGUCUGGGACCCAGCUGAGCUUGAGGCGGCUUUCUCUGAGCGCACCAAAGCUGUUGUCAUCAACACCCCUCACAAUCCCACCGGCAAGAUGUUUUCGCGUGAGGAACUCGAGUUGGUCGCCCGCCUGGCGCAGCAGCACGACGCUCUUGUUCUGGCCGAUGGGGUCUAUGAGAUGCUCACGUACGGCGAGGAGCACCUGCAAAUCGCUGCCUUGCCUGGCAUGUGGGAACGCACCGUCACUUUGGGUAGCGCUGGCAAAGCCUUCAACCUCACUGGCUGGAAAAUUGGCUGGGCCAUCGGGCCACAGGAGCUGGUGCAGCCCAUGCAGCUCACUCAGCAGUACAUUCCCUUUUGCGUCUCAACGCCGCUGCAACACGCCCUCGCUAGUGCGUGGGAGCAAGCGAUUGAGAAUGGGUUUUUCGAUCGUCAGCGGCGGCGCUUUUUGGGCAAGCGCGAGCGUUUGAUGGAGAUUUUGAACGAUGCCGGGCUUCAGCCCUGCAUGCCCCAGGCGUCGUACUUUAUUUUGGCCGACACGAGCAACGUCGAGUUUGAAGCGCCCUCUCAAGCUCCCUUUGCGCGUGACUAUGACUUUUGCCGCUGGCUAACGUCGGAGAUUGGUGUGGCGGCCAUCCCGCCGUCCUGCUUCUACACCGAGCCAAACCGCCAUCUUGGAGCCCGUUUUGCUCGCUUCUGUUACGUCAAGCAGGAUGACGAGAUCGAAGAGGCCGCUCGGCGCCUCCCACGCCUUGCUCAGUACCAGCGUGCUGCCACCCACUAGCCCUUGCAGCCCACGUUCAAACUCUUCUGUCUUGCACAAAAUUGAACUGACAGGGGGC